AUGAAUGAAGCGAUGGGUUUGUUCUCCGUGGAUCCGGUGCGGGGCUCGAAUGAAGCGAUGGGUUUGUUCUCCGUGGAUCCGGUGCGGGCUCGAAUGAAGCGAUGGGUUUGUUCUCCGUGGAUCCGGUAUCUAGAGGAGAAACUAAAGGAAGAGGAACAUCAGCGUAAGCUGUUUCAAGACAAGGCGUGUGAGCUGCAAACUGGACUGGAAGUCAGCAAAAUUUUAAUGUCUACAGUUUCACAUUCACAGCACUGUAAGGAAAAGAAGAAGCCCCCAAAGAAAACUAAGUGUUUAAAAAGAGAGCCACCUCAGCAGAUGGACCCCAGGUUUAGAGCCCUGUUUUUGGAGAGGGAAAAGAUGAUGCAUCCCCAUGGGCUGUAUUGCCUUCAGAAACCUGUUCUAGCCCCUGAGCCGCAGUGUCUCUACAAGGCUCUCAGAACAGCUUCCCAGAGCAAAGCUCUGCCUCUAAACUCAGGAGAACCCGCUUCCAUCUGUGACAAUUUGUCUGAGCUUUUGAUGGCAAUGCAAGAGGAAUUGGACCAGAUGAUUGUGGAACACAGAGAACUACGGGAACAGAUGACGGAAGCCGGAAGCCGUUCAGUCUCUGAUGAUGCAGAGCAUGUGCUGGAGCAAUUAGUCAGGAAGAUGGAAAGCAAAGGAGAUCAGAUCUCCAAACUCAAGAAGCAUCAAGACAGUGUCCGUAAACUACAGCAAAAAGUUCAGAGUUCAAGGUUAAAUGACCCUUCUAUCCACUGGGAAGCUGGCAGCCCUCAAGGACCAAAGAACGUGAAGCAUGGUCCUAGGAAGUGUUGGAAUGAACCUAACCCUUUCCAGAAAAACAGCAGCUCUCAUCCAGUCCAAGUUCACAAUCUCCAGGUGAAACUGAGGAGAGAUGACAUCAAGUGGGAGCAGUGACGGCAGUGCAGCCGGCAUCUUAAUGACCUCACCAGUGCGGGCUGACAUGUCUAAGUGGCUUUUGUUUAAUACACUCUCGGGAACUUUGGAAUUAUGUUUCUGGCCUCUAUAAAGUGUGGAGUUGUGUAUUUUCAGAAUAAUGGCUAAUGACCUACCAAGAACCCCAGACUAGGAAGUGGCUGCUUUUUCUUGUUGCCAUUAACCAAGGAAGCAGCUCCUUGAGGUAAGCCUAGGCGCUACAGAUGGACACUCAUUCAGAUCAAGGUGAAUCUGAACUCCAAGUACCAGUCCACAGUGUCACUUAGGGAGGCUGUCACGCACAGAUCAACACGGAGUGAGAGUCCUUUAAUGUCCCUGGAAUGGCCAUCUUACCUUUUAAAAAAUCUCAGCAGUAAUCUUGUCUGGAAAAGGAAAAACACAAUAAUUCUGCAAUUUUGUGAAAAUGCCUUUAACUAUGCUUUGAUGUGACAGCUAUAAAAAGUAAUGCAUUGAUUAAUUUUUGAAGACAUUAAUUCAGCUUUCUUCCUCUUCUAUUCCCAUUCUCUUUUCCAAACCUACUUUCCUUUUCAACACCAGUAACUGAGCUAAUCUUACUCUUUUGUAACAUUUCCUGGGUUCUUGUUUGUGAUUUUCUUUUUUUUUUUUUGA